CAGAUUGUCAGCUUCCUGCCAGAUAGCAAUGGCCAGAAGCGGAGAUAGGGGUGGCUUACAUGAAAGGCCAGCCCGUGACCCUGCUCCCAGUGACCUCUUGUCAAAUUUCAGCUCUCGUCGACAAUAGCAAACAGACAUCGGAUGACAUUGGAGCUGGGUUUCAUUGGUUCGAGGAGGAGCAAUGCGACUUCAGAUGAAGACAUUCACCGCGAGGCUGUGGAGGUGGUCGGCGACUGUGAAUAUACCCAAGGGAACACUGUGCUGGCCAUCCCCGGGUAUAAAUAGCUUCCUCUUCCCUCUCCCUGGCUGUUUUUCUCUUUUUAGAUUAACGAUCAAGACUUUGACUGCCAUCCGGAUUCUUAGCAGCUACAAAGUCACCGCCAGCUUGAAAAGCGUCCAUCCAGCAACCAAUUCUCUUUUGGUACCUAUCACAUCACCAUGCCCCCACCCAGCACCGUAGGCAAAGGCGGCAAAGCCUGGAUCCGAGAAGAGGAGUUCCUCUUCUGGAAGAAACUCGUCCCGUUCACCAAGAAGCGCUGUGGUGAUGAUAUCGAGAAUAACGAGGAGCAUGAGUGGAAUUGGGUUGCCUCCGAGAUGAGGAAGAGGAUGAGGGAGAAGUACCUGAAGGAAGGGGAGCCUGACCGUAGGAAUUACACAGGACUCGCAAUGUUCGAGCAUUACUGGCAGAGCGCCUGUCAUAGACGCCCGACUGUUGCUGCUGGCCGGUUUCCCAACCGGUAUUGCAAUUUGGAAGCCAACGAAGAGCAAGUCCGGGAGCGCGACGAACGCCUCGUCGCCAUCCGCAAGAAGCGCCGUGAUGCCCGCAAGGCAGCGCGCAAGGCAGCCCGUGAAGCUCGCGAAGCCCGCGAGGCUGAAGAAGCCGCCGACGGCAGUCCCAUCAGGGAGAGCAUCGAGUCGGACAACAACGACGCUGACAUGAGCGAUGACACCGAUGAAACCUCCGACAAUGACGAGGAAGAAACCCCCGAGUUUGACGAAGCAGAAGCCAUCCGUAAGAUGGAGGAGUCCACCAAGAUCAAGCAAGAGAGCGGCUCCGAGUACGAGUCUGACGAGGAGGACACCGAGUCUGAGCCCGACGCCAAACCCCGUCGUCGCAAGGGGGGUAAAAACAACAGGCGCGCUAGUAUCAAGAAGGAGAACCGGCGUUCAGGGUCGCCGGAGGUGACGCCUUUUGCAAAUAAUGGGACUAUGGCUGCUAAGAGGAGGGAGAGGUUGCGUGCUGGGGAGGAGAUAAGGAGGAGGAAUAGGGAGAUGUAUGCGAUGUUGGGGAGGGGGGAGGGGAAUGGGGGUUGUUAUGGGGGACAGGGGCAGGGGCAGGGGCAGGGGCAGAUGAGAGGUUGA